GCUGAUGCAUUUUGAAUUCCGUUGGAAAAGAAUUAAAUGGAGAACUCGAAUUCGAUGCAGCCGCAGAAGCAGAAGCAGAAGAAGAAUUUCCGAAAGAGGAGUAUCGAAGAAGUAAGAGGUGAAGAAGACAAUAACAAGGUUUCAGAUGACGAAGAAGAAAGGAGGUUGGCAUUGGAGGAAGUGAAGUUUCUUCAGAAACAAAGAGAAAGAAAAUCAGGGAUACCUGCAAUAAGUAGUGCAUUGCAAAGUGGAACAGUUACAGGAGGAGGAGGAAACAGUGGUGGCUUAACUAAAGUUGCGGAAAAGAAUGAAGGCGACGGAGAAAAAGACGAGUUGGUUCUUCAAGAUACAUUCGCUCAAGAAACCGCCGUCAUGGUUGAAGAUCCCAACAUGGUGAAUUACAUUGAGCAAGAACUUGCUAAGAGAAGGGGCAAAAAUAUUGAUGUGACAGAUAAAGUUGAGAACGAUUUAAAGCGUGCUGAAGAUGAAUUAUACAAAGUUCCGGAGCAUCUUAAAGUGAAGAAGCGAAACUCAGAGGAAAGCUCUACUCAGUGGACCACUGGGAUAGCUGAGGUUCAGCUCCCCAUUGAUGUUGAUUAUUCCUGUGGUUGCAGAUACAAGUUGAAGAAUAUUGAGGAAACUGAGGCUGCCAAGAAGCUUCUGCAAGAAAAGAGGCUUAUGGGUAGAACAAAACCAGAAUUAAGCAUUCCCUCAAGUUACAGUGCAGAUUAUUUCCAACGUGGCCGGGAUUAUGCUGAGAAACUCAGAAGAGAACACCCUGAGCUGUACAAGGACAGAGGUACACGGGAUGAUGGUGCUGGAGCUAGGCCAACUGAUAAUAGCACUGAUGCAGCAGGAAGUAGGCAAGCUGCAACAGAUGAAUUCAUGUUAGAGCGCUUCCGCAAACGAGAACGCCACCGGGUGAUGCGAAGAUAACUUGGACUUUAUACUUGCUGAAUCUCCAGCCAGACUAUGGUGUGAAACAGUAUGUGAUGGUUUCGGUCCUAUGACAUGCUACUGCAUGAUUACUUGUGACUCAAUGAUGUUAUGUUAGCAACACAAAAGACUUGUUGCUGCUAAAGUGGUUGCCAUCAUUGACCAUUUUGAUGUAUUUUGUACAUUUUCAAAUAGAUUUUAGAAGCCUGUGUUGCUAUGAGAUCAUGUAAUGUCACCUAAAAUUUUCUCAGCAGGCUCUGUUUUUUCUGGUUGAGGGAUUAUACAUGGCAGUGAGUGGUGGAACAUAGUUAUAUUUUCUUGAUUCAACAUUCUCCUUGUGAUAUUUUUGUAACCAAUUCUUUCCAUUUAAAAUAUUUUCAUCUUUGAUGAAACUGCUUA